AUGCCUUCUGGAUUUGAAAGAUUGCUUCACCAUUCUCCAACCCCAUCACCUCCGCCACGAAGAACCUCCACGACAUCACGCUAUCACCUCUUCAUUCGACAACAGCCCCUCGCAGCCCGGGCUUGUGGUGCCGGAGACCGAGACCGCCGCCCUGUAGACCCACCUCCAAUUCUGCAGCUGCUAUUAACGGACUUUGACCCCAACACAUCAGAUGAUAUCGAUAUCCUCCAAGAUCCGCGCUUUACCGUUGGCUGUUUCCUGGUUCCCGAAACGCGAGGAUCGAUUUCGUCCGACAUGGAUGGUGAUAGUUCCCUUCGAGAGGACCGUCUCGGAACUGCUCCCGGCCAAUCUACACCAUUGCUUUCGGGCAAAGCAUUCGUCUCGCCUUUCUUUGUCGAUGAAGAUCCUGAUCCAACAACUGCCCCAAAUCAUCCAUCAACAUUUGAUUAUCACCUACCGGAACGAAGAGCCCAACUUGCUCCAUCAACCUCUAAGGGAGCCCAACAGCCGGCAGCAUUCUUCAUAUUCUCUGAUCUCUCCGUACGUACAGCUGGACUGUACCGCUUACAGUUCCGUCUUAUGAAUUGGGGCCUAGUUGAGGACACGGGUCAAUCGAUGCCCGUCCUUGCUGAAGUGUGGUCCGAUCCGUUUAAAGUCUACCCUGCCAAAGACUUCCCCGGGAUGCGAGACUCAUCGCGUCUCACAGAGGGUCUUAAGGAAUUAGGAUUCGUCGAACUCAAGACCAGGGGAAAGGGGAAAGGCAAGGGUCGACGGAGGUGA